AUGGCUGGCACACGAUUUGCUGAGGAACCGCCUCAGGUCAUUAAUCAAGCCGACCUCGAAGUCGCCAACGAGAAGCUCGAGUCCCGUGACGAGCGCAACGCCAAUGGCGACACCAGCGCCAGCGAUACAGCAGCUUCAAAAGAGCAUGACCCAACUAUCGACCAUUCAGAGCACCUGAACGGCAAUGGCGCCCUGAAUGGCAACGGUAAAGGGGCCAAGCUUGAGAAGCUGGGCACCCACGACAAGUACGAAAUCACCGAGGACGACUGCUACGAAGAGCUGGGCUUCUGCUUCCCCAAGUGGAAGAAGUGGUACAUCCUCACCGUCAUCUUCUGGGUCCAGGUCUCGAUGAACUUUAACACCUCCCUCUACUCCAAUGCCAUUGGCGGCAUCUCGGAGGAGUUCAACGUGAGCGCCCAGGCCGGCCGCUGCGGUGCCAUGAUCUUCCUUGUCCUGUACGCCUUCGGCUGCGAGCUUUGGGCUCCGUGGUCUGAGGAAUUUGGCCGCUGGCCGGUUCUCCAGCUCUCACUCCUCCUCGUCAACAUUUGGCAGAUCCCCGUAGCACUGGCACCCAACUUUGCCACCAUCAUGGUCGGUCGCGCCUUGGGUGGAUUGUCGUCUGCUGGUGGCUCUGUCACGCUCGGUAUGAUUGCCGAUCUAUUCGAAUCCGACAAGCAGCAGUAUGCUGUCGCAUAUGUCGUCUUUUCCUCGGUCGGAGGAUCUGUUCUGGGCCCUAUCGUGGGCGGCUUCACUGAGGAAUACCUACACUGGAGAUGGUCCAUUUGGGUCCAGCUCAUUUUCGGAGUUGCCGUUCAGGCCCUCCAUGCCUUCACCGUCCCCGAGACACGCACCACUAUCAUGAUGAACCGCAUCGCCAAGAGACGCAGAAAGGAGGGCAACCCUAACAUCUGGGGUCCUGACGAGCUCGUCCCCUUCAAGGACCGAUUCUCGGCUAAGGAAGUCAUUUCUACCUGGAUCCGUCCCUUCAAGAUGUUCCUCACCGAGCCGAUCGUGCUGGUGCUGUCACUUCUCUCCGGUUUUUCUGACGCCCUCAUCUUCAUGUUCAUCCAGUCGUUCGUCCUUGUCUACGGUCAGUGGGGAUUCAGCACCGUUCAGGUUGGAUUGGCUUUCAUUCCUAUCGGUAUUGGUUACGUUCUCGCCUGGCUUCUCUUCAUCCCCGCCAUCAAGCGCAACAUCAAGGAGCGUGCGGCCAAGCCCAACGAUGAUAGAGCCCAGUACGAGUCUCGUCUUUGGUUCCUAUUGUACACCGCACCUUGCUUGCCCAUUGGCUUGAUUGGCUUCGCAUGGACCAUCCAAGGACCUCCCAUUCACUGGAUCGGCUCCAUGGUUUUCGCGGCCAUCGUCGGUAUCGCCAACUACGCCAUUUACAUGGCCACCAUCGACUACAUGAUUUGCGCCUACGGACCCUACUCCGCCUCGGCAACUGGCGGCAACGGCUGGGCUCGUGACUUCCUCGCGGGUGUCCUUACCGUCCCUGCCACACCUUUCUUCACCAACAUUGGCGCGGGUACCGGAAAGAACCUUGAGUACGCUUGCACGAUUCUCUUCUGCAUCUCCUUUAUCCUCGUCGUCGCCGUCUAUGUAAUCUACUGGAAGGGCCCGGCCCUUCGCGCCCGCUCGCCAUUUGCUCAGAAGCUGGCCGGAGCCAGAGACGACGCGGGCGGUCGUCGCAUCAGUCAUGUCCAAGGAGGUGCAGACAGGCGUGCGAGUGUUGCCUCUGGCGCUUCUGACGCCGAGCGUCCGGAUCGUCCCGCAUAUGGGCGUUCGUACAGCCAGAAUUCGCGCUUCUUUGGCGAGAACCGUGUCACCCCCCGCGGCACUCCCAGAGGUACUCCUUCUGCCAGCAGGCGCAACAGUUAUGUUGGUACUAGACGCCAGGUCGCAAAGUAA